AUGCAAUCCGAGGCGAGUUACGCAGAAAUCCAAAACAACUUUCCUGGACUCCCGCCUUUCCCAGAUGAUGUCCCCACCGCGCCUCUAUUGCGGCUCUCCCUAAAAAAGCUAUUAGCGGGAGACUCGACGGAGUGUGAGCGAGUUUUUCAAACUUGUGUUGAGAUCGGAUUCUUCUAUCUCGAUCUUCAAGACUCAGAGCAAGGAGUCUCUUUGCUGAGUGAUGCUGAUAAGCUAUUCAUUGUUGGGGAGAAGCUUUUCGACAUUAGCCUUGAGGAAAAGAAGCGCUAUGAUUUCAGUGCUCAAAAUUCAUAUUUUGGAUACAAAGGGCGGGGAGUUUCCAUUGUCGAUAAGGACGGCAACUUGGAUCGAAAUGAGUUUUAUAAUACUUCCAAGGACGAUAUCUUGGGAAUCGGCGAUCCUCUCCCGGCACCUGACGUCUUGAAUCAAAGCCGAGGACAGCAGGCAUCGUUCAUGCGGGGCUCCCAUGGGAUCGUGUCUCUUAUUUUGAACAUCCUCAAUGACAAACUCGGCUUGGCAGAGGGUACACUUUCCAGCAUUCAUCGAUUGCAAGCUGUUGGUGGCGACCAAGUACGGUUCAUCAAAGCACCACCUCAACCGAUCGACGACCGUCGCACCGCUCUAGGACAACAUACUGACUUCGGAAGUGUCACUGUGCUUUUUAACAGACUUGGUGGGCUUCAAGUUCUUCCUCCGGGCGCUGAUGCAGAUUGGGUGUAUGUGCGGCCGCUGCCAGGACACGCGAUUAUUAAUCUUGGGGAUGCCAUGGUGAAAUUUACAAAUGGCCUGUUGCGUUCCAACAUCCACCGUGUCACUGCACCGCCAGGGAUUCAAGGUGACUCAACGCGAUAUAGUCUGGUGUACUUUGCUCGACCGGAAGACAGUGUUAUGCUGCGACGAUUAGAUGGCUCGGAUAUCAUUCCUCCAAUCAAACAGGGUCAGAUUGAAGAGGAAAUCAAUAGCAGGGAUUGGAUUAUUCGUCGAGCUCUUGGCCGUCGAGUGGAUCUUGGUAAAGAGAUUGAUUAUGAGAAAUCUGCUGGCACAGAGCAGAUGAGUCGACGAAUCGUGGUCUAG